CUGGAUUUUGAUUCAAGCUGUUCUUUUCAGGCGCCCCAGGUUUCUCGGGGUCAGAGUGGUACUACUGGCGAUUCUGAGGACGUCCCCAUCGAGGUCGUUGAAGUUGAUGUUGAGAAUACUGGAGACGUACCGGAUGCCCCGUUAAAUGACUCUCUCGAUGCUGUUCUGCCAAAUACAGGUGCAUCGGCAGCACCGGAAAAUAAUCUGUGCGAUGUAAGCGACGAUGAGAUGGACCAAUUACCUCGAGCUCGUCCAAAUAAAGAAUUGGAUGAGCUUGUAAACUGUGAUGCUUUCCGUAAUGGAACCGGCCGAGAGUCAUCCAUUCCACCAGAGUCUCCUCCUCCAGGAGAAAGUUUCAUUUAUGAAGUGAUGACCAGCUAG